UUGUCUGCCAGGAACUCCAGUAUACCUGGAAAAUGGUACAUGCCCAGGCCUGCUUCCCCCCUCCGCCUUCCGCAUUUGGUACGUCCCCCCGCGGUACGUAGGCGGGGAGGCGUACAUAAACUCCGACGCAGGAGGCGGGGCUGCUCAGUCCUCGAGGCGUCGGUGCUCUGUGUUGUUGGAAUCUUCUUGCUUGUCGGCCUGUGCGCGCGUGCGCGGACAUGGCCUCAAACGAUUAUACCCAACAAGCAACCCAAAGCUAUGGGGCCUAUCCCACCCAGCCUGGACAGGGCUACUCCCAGCAGAGCAGUCAGCCCUACGGACAGCAGAGUUACAGUGGUUACGGCCAGUCAGCAGAUACUUCAGGCUAUGGCCAGAGCAGCUAUAGUUCUUCUUAUGGACAGACCCAGAACACAGGCUACAGCACUCAGUCAGCUCCCCAGGGAUAUGGCUCAGCUGGUGGCUAUGGCAGCAGCCAGAGUUCCCAGUCAUCUUAUGGGCAGCAGUCCUCCUACCCUGGCUAUGGUCAGCAGCCAGCUCCCAGCAGCACCUCGGGAGGUUAUGGUAGCAGUUCUCAGAGCAGCAGUUACGGGCAGCCCCAGAGUGGGGGCUAUGGCCAACAGUCUGGCUAUGGUGGACAACAGCAAAGCUAUGGGCAGCAGCAAAGCUCCUAUAAUCCCCCUCAGGGCUACGGACAGCAGAACCAGUACAAUAGUAGCAGUGGAGGUGGCGGAGGGGGUGGCGGAGGUAACUAUGGCCAGGAUCAGUCCUCCAUGAGUGGUGGCGGUGGUGGUUACGGCAAUCAGGACCAGAGUGGUGGUGGCGGUGGUGGCUACGGGGGAGGCCAGCAGGACCGUGGUGGCCGUGGCCGGGGCGGUGGUUACAACCGUAGCAGUGGUGGCUAUGAACCCAGAGGUCGUGGAGGUGGCCGUGGAGGCAGAGGCGGCAUGGGCGGAAGUGACCGUGGUGGCUUCAAUAAAUUUGGUGGCCCUCGGGAGAAGGGAUCACGUCAUGACUCUGAGCAGGAUAAUUCCGACAACAACACCAUCUUCGUGCAAGGCCUGGGCGAGAAUGUUACAAUUGAGUCUGUGGCUGAUUACUUCAAGCAGAUUGGUAUUAUUAAGACAAAUAAGAAAACAGGACAGCCCAUGAUUAAUUUGUACACAGACCGGGAAACUGGCAAACUGAAGGGAGAGGCAACAGUUUCAUUUGAUGACCCACCUUCUGCUAAAGCAGCUAUUGACUGGUUUGAUGGUAAAGAAUUUUCUGGGAAUCCGAUCAAGGUCUCAUUUGCUACUCGCCGAGCAGAUUUCAAUCGGGGUGGUGGCAAUGGUCGUGGAGGCCGAGGCCGAGGAGGACCCAUGGGCCGUGGAGGCUAUGGUGGUGGUGGCAGUGGCGGCGGUGGCCGGGGAGGAUUCCCCAGUGGAGGUGGUGGCGGUGGAGGACAGCAGCGAGCUGGGGACUGGAAAUGUCCUAAUCCUACAUGUGAGAAUAUGAACUUCUCUUGGAGGAAUGAAUGCAACCAGUGUAAGGCCCCUAAGCCAGAUGGCCCAGGAGGGGGACCAGGAGGCUCUCAUAUGGGGGGUAACUACGGAGAUGAUCGUCGUGGUGGCAGAGGAGGAUAUGAUCGGGGCGGCUACCGGGGUCGCGGCGGGGACCGUGGGGGCUUCCGAGGGGGCCGGGGUGGUGGGGACAGAGGUGGCUUUGGCCCCGGCAAGAUGGACUCCAGGGGUGAUCACAGACAGGAUCGCCGGGAGAGGCCGUAUUAGCCUGGCUCCUGAGGUUCUGGAACAGCUUUUCUUCCUGUACCCAGUGUUACCCUUGUUAUUUUGUAACCUUCAACUCCUGAUCACCCUCAGGGGUUUUUUUGUGUCGGACUACGUAAUUGUAACCAUGCCUCUGGAUCCCAUUAAAAACCAUCAUUUUAGUUAAAAUUUUUCUUCUACUUCCCACUCUUCACUCUCCUGGAGGAUUGAUGUCCAGGUCAGGAAUGUGGGGAGUUUCCCUCUUUUAGUUCAUCCUGCCUAGCAGGAACUGAAUAACAUGUUUCUGCCCAGCAGGAACUGGAAUAAAAUGUUUGAUACUUGA